CUAUCUUCCGACGACGCCAACAAAGAGGAAGAGAAAGAUCGGAUACAGUACAAAAGCAUCGAUAGACUUUCCAACAAUUCCCGACUGUAUUUAAAAAACCACGGGGGAUGCGAGAUCCGACGGGCGAUGACAGGACCAGCGUGGGGGUCGAGGUUCUGCCUCGUAUUGGCGGCAAUCACGAUCGUUAUCGCCAAUUAUCCACGGCACCGCAACAGACACCUGCGCGAGCAGCUUGUUAACAGCCACAAAGUCACCAGGAAUAUCACUCAAUUGCAAGAAAUAACCAUCAAUCUGCCUCCCUUGCGAAUUCCGCAUUUAAGGCAUCACCGAGUUACGGAUUGGGAUCCAUAUUUCGAAAAUGCAAAUGGCCAGGGUAUUAAUGGCUCGCAAAAUGUGGCGUUGCACUUAGGCGCAACAGCGUAUCUCGAUUGUCGCGUCGCUAUGCUUUCUGGAAAGAAGGUAAUGUGGUUACGACAGAACACCGAUUGGGCAUCCCUCUUAACUCUCGGGAACACUACCCAUAUAUCGGACUCAAGAUACAGCGUGAGCUUUCAGUAUCCAAACAAUUGGAGAUUGGCCAUCUCCGGUGUGCGAAGAGAAGAUCAUGGAGUGUACGUUUGCCAAGUGAAUACGCAUCCACCGAGAAUGCUGGUCACGAACGUCACCAUUCUUGCGCCGGAUAUUAGAAUCAUCGACGAAGCCAAGCAUGAGUUACGGGACCGAUAUUACAAGACCGGAAGCGGAAUCGAGCUAGCAUGCGUCGUUCGGCCGUCCUGCCCCGACUCGAGGGUGCCGUAUCCCGUGUGGCGGAAAAAUAGCGAGAUGUUGCCGGAUCACGUCAACGUUUAUCACAUUAAUGGGUCGAACGAGGAUCUGGUGACGAGGCUCUACAUCGAACGAGCGAAAAAGACUGACAGCGGGGAAUAUACGUGCUCAGUAAGCCAAUUCAGCACGACCGCGGUGCAUAUUCACGUCCUAAAUGGUGAAAAACAAGCUGCUGUCCACGAUCAAUGGAAUGCAGCACGUACCAAUUGUUAUGCAGCUUUUACUGAGUUGUGCGUGUUUGCCAGUUUAUUUCUUUAUACAUGGCAAAAUUACUCUCUAUGAAACUUGUCAAUAUUAAGUUUCCAUCAAUUUACAACAAGUUACCUUCAACACUUCUGUAUAAAUUACGUAUUUUGAUCUGAAACAAAAUACGUACUUUUGAUUAAUUAUAUGCAUCAGUAUUGUUAUAAAU